CAAUCUGCAGACAAAAUGGCCGGUGCAAAGUCGAUGGUCAGCAGAUCACCGACUCCGACCAACAAGCUGUGAAUUAAGGCUGUGCGGGUUUGGAUUGGGAGCUUUCGCAUUCCAAAAAGAUCUUUGCAGCAUUUCGUGGUGCUGGUAUAACUUGUGAAAUGCUGAAGUGUGGUGGAGAAAGAAGCUUGACUUGCGCAACUGACACGCCCACCGACGCGCCACCGCAUCGUUGAGCUUCUGGACACACACCGGACUAGGCUGAAAGGAAUCGCAUUGCUUUCGAGUCACAGAAGGGGCAACUGAAGUUGGCGGGAUGGCUAAUGCCAAUGGCGAUGCAUUCUACCUGAGAGAAUCCAUUCCCCCCACAAGCACUGGUGAACUGGAUAGCCUAACGUUUGCUGUCAAGGAUUGCAUUGAUGUGAAGGGCAUGAUCACCUACUUCGGCAACCCUGACUGGGGCCGGACUCAUGCUGUUCCUCAAGAGUCCUCCCCAGUGGUCGAAGCACUGCUCGCAGCUGGCGCCAAGUGUGUGGGCAAGACCAUCAUGUGUGAAAUGGCCUCCAGCAUUCGUGGCGAAAAUGAGCACUUUGGCACCCCCACAAACCCCGCAGCGCCUGGGAGGGAACCCGGAGGGUCGUCCAGCGGUUCAGCGGUAGCUGUGGCGUCAGGAGAAGUGGACUUCGCACUUGGCACUGACACAAGCGGAAGCAGCCGCAUCCCCCCUGCCUACUGCGGCGUUCUCGGCAUUCGGCCAACGCAUGGGGCCCUGUCUACUGAACACGUGGCACCGCUGAGCCCUAGCCUGGACACCGUAGGCUGGUUUGCGAGGGAUCCCCUCGUUUUCGAAAAGGUCGGGCGCGUCCUCCUUCCGCCGCCCCGGUCCCCGCCCCGCCCCCCCAAGCAGCUGCUCAUUCCUAGCGAGGUGUGGGAGCUGUCAGAGGGCGUGCCGAACGCGCGCAUCAUCUCGCAGGUCAAGGGCGCGCUGCGGGACACCAUCCGAGCGGACAGAAUCCGGCACAUCAAGCUGAGCCCCCAGCUCCAGGCGGGCAUCCCCUCUUUGGCCUACUUUACCGCACGCCCCUUCUUCCAGGCGUCCACCCCCUUACUCGCGCUCACUGCGGCCGCUGACACCAUCAUGUGGCUAGAGUUUCUAGAUAUACACGGGAAGUGGAUCGAAGAAACGAAGCCGAAGCUGGGGAAGGAGCUGACCGGCAUUCUUGCCCGAGCUCGGGAGUGGCCGCAGGACGCCCUGCCUCACGCGCGGCAGGCGCAAAAAGAGGCCCAAGCGUUCUUCGACGAGCUUCUAGAGGACGACGCGCUGCUGUGCGUGCCGACCACCGCCGGCCUGCCGCCUGCGGUGGGCUCCCCGCCGGACGUGCUGGCGCCGUUUGAGGCGCGCGCCGAACCGCUCGUGUCGUUGAGCGCGCUUGCGGGCUUUCCACAGGUGACACUACCGGCCGGGAAGUCGGACGAAGGCUGGCCUCUUGCGGUGGGGCUUGCAGCACAGCGGGGUUCGGACUUGUUUCUGUUGGAGGCGGUCACCCUUCUGGCGCAGCGAUUAACAGUUUCAUGAGAGACCUUUUUGGAAUCCCGGUUGCUAUCGGCGGGCCGUUAGCUGAGCGUGGAUGCAUCAACUCCGAUGCGUAUUCUGACAUUGUGCGUCAACGACCCAGUCCGGCUCUGACAUUAUCUGCUCCGGUCACUGACUCAAGGUGACCUUAUUUGGCUGCCAUCUAGCUCGUGCCGCCAGACCUUAUCCGCAAGUGUGUCGGACUGAGACCUUCUGACAUUGAACUGUCUUGCUAUGUGGACAAGCGGUGUCCGUCCUUGACAGGCGCUGAAUGCAUCUCAUAUAAGUG